AUGGAGAGGUCUGUGACGCCGGAUUAUGCUGCCGUACCUGCCGUACCUGCAGCGAGUGUUGCUGGCCCAGCCCCUCGCGCCGCUCCUACGAAGCGCGCUGGUGCGGACUCUAAUGUUGAUGUUGCUGCUGGUGCUGGUCCUGCUGGUGCUGGUCCUAUUGGUGCUGGUCCUGCUGCUGCUGGUCCUGCUGGUGCUGGUCCUGAUGGUGCUGGUCCUGCUGCUGGUGUUCCUGCCGCUCCCCUGCCGUUGCCUGCCCCUGCCCACGUCGGCGUCUCCGUCAUGGAGCUCGGAGUGAAAGGACUUGUACCACCAGCUUCGGGAGUCCCCUUGGUCACUCCUAUAGAUGAGGAAGGAUUAAGUAAUAUUUCAGAGGAAACGGAAGAGGAUCAACCUGCUGUGUCAGAUUCAUCCGAUUAUCAAGUUUUGGUUCGAUUGCUUCGGGAUCAUUUGGAGAAGAGUUUCAACCCGCAGCACUCGGUCGCCUCCUCUCAGUUUUGUUUCGUUGUCAAAAACAAGUAA